AUGAUGCCACUGCGUCGUAGUAGGUGCGGCGCGUGGAGUGCCUCUUACCUUCCCCUCGAACCCCCCCCACAGCGAGUCAGCGUGCUGGAGCAGCUGCUGGAGGCGUGGAAUGGCUUUGCGGACGGUAAGACGUGGUCGCCCAACAGCGACUGCUCCACAGUGCAGGGCAUCACGUGCGAUACCAAUGGCUAUGUGGUCUCACUGUCAACAUCAAGCAACGACCUGCGGGCCUUCAUCCCACACGAAAUCAGCGGCCUGCAGCAUCUCACAUUCCUAUCCAUCACGGCCAGUCAUCUAGUGGGCUACCUUCCCUCGGGCCUCUUCAACCUACCACUUCUCAAGGGCCUGCAGCUGAGCACGAAUAUUCUGUACGGUGCCAUACCAGACGGCAUCAGCAAGCUCUCACGCCUCACAUACCUCAACCUGAACGAGAACUACUUGUUUGGACCGCUACCCGAGGCACUUUCCCACCUCGGCCAACUCAUAUCGCUGAACCUCGUGGGAAAUAUGCUUAUGGAAACCAUCCCCUCUGUUAUCGGCUCUAUCACCACCCUCCAGAAGUUGGACCUAAGUGCGACGGGCAUGCAUGGGACCAUUCCUGAUUGGAUAUCCACAAUGCCCAGCCUGAGUAGCCUCCAGAUACGAGGGAAUUAUUUAAAUGGCACCAUACCAGCUUCACUUAGCCGCCUGACACAACUUACCACACUUGACAUUGGACAGAACCGCCUCCUUGAAGGGUCUAUUCCUGCAGAGCUCUUCAGCCUAGUGAACCUGGAAGCACUCAAUCUUGGAGUAAGCAGCUUGAAUGGCACUAUUCCUGCUUCACUAGGAGCACUCAGCCGGCUACGCACCCUGCAGUUGGCAUGGACAAACAUAUCUGGGACCCUGCCUUCAUCAAUUGGAAGCCUCACUCGCCUUGAUGUCAUGUACCUGGAGAGCAUGCACCUCACCGGCACCGUUCCCAGAUCAUACUCAAACCUGCAGAGUCUAGGCCUCCUCCUUAUGAACAGAAACUCUCUCUCAGGCGACAUGUAUGGCAUCACCAGCACCAUGACCAACCUGCUCACACUCGACAUUUCCAGCAACCAGUUCACGGGGCGGCUGCCUGCACCCCCAUCACCCCGCCUGCAGUUCUACUACGCCCACCGCAACUACUUCACCCACGGCACUGUCGUUCCGCCCAAGAAUAACCUCACCUUCUUUUCAAACGCCUUUCAGAACUGUCUCCUCAAUGCAUCCAUGGUGGCUGGGGAAUAUGAGCGCCAGAGGAGUGCAGAGGAGUGUGCAGCGUUCUGUGGGGUUGCAGCUGGGGACACCAAGCCCCUGUGCAGCGGGCAUGGCGUGUGCUCCUUCAAUGCGUCUGUGCAGGAAUCGGCGUGCACGUGCGAUAGCAACUUUGACAACCAGGCGGGACCCCACUCCUGCGCCUACAGUGUCCUCCCGUCAACGGAGUCGUCACAAUCAACGCCGGUCUCCUUAACCGCAGCAGCAACACAGCUAUUCAACGGCACCCUCAUCCUCACCCCACUAGCCGCCAACACAUCAGGAGCAGCCGUUCUGCAGAAGCCCAUCCGCCUCUUCCACUUCAUUGACAGCCCUGGCCCGUGCGGCACGCCCUUUGCCUUCAACGUUUCCCUAAGCUUUGCCAUGAAGGCUGUGACGCCAGGAGGCCCGGGCAUGGCGGGAGAAGGCCUGGCGUUUGUUGUGAGUGCGGUGGCACCGCAGGGGGCUGCAGCAGGGGUGGGGAUGGGAGGGGUGGGGAAGCGGAGUGUGGCGGUGGAGUUUGACUCGGUGCUGAGUGUGAAGCACAGCGACCCCAACGACAACCACGUGGGCGUCAAUGUGGGCGGCUCACCUGUGUCCCUCGCCUCUGCCACGGCCCCUCUCAUCCUCAACGACGCCCACACCAAGCACGCCUGGAUCCACUACGACCCCACCAGUGGCGGCACCCUCCGAGUCUUCCUCUCCUCCGACCCCCAGCAGCCCCCCACCCCCACCCUCCGAGCUCGAGUGUCGCUCUGCUCCAUUCUGCAGCCAACUGCUGUGGAGACCAACUUCUUUUUCAGCUUCGUAGCAUCAAAUACGGAAGCAGCCCAAGAAAACGUCAUCUUGAAGUGGGAAAUCGUGACAGGCUUACCACGACGGCCUUCUCUCAAUGCUCAAGACCUGGCGUUGGGGUUUGUGUUGGACGAGGACUCCUUCUCAUCGCAGGGCUUCAACUCCUUCCACUACGCCAGUGCGGGCUUCGACCCCGCGCAGGACAACAGCCCCGCCUGGGCUGUCAGGUCCUACAGCACCUGGGUCUUGCCCGAGGCCAUGUGGCCUGUCAAGAACCAGAAGGGUUGCGCGGACUCAUGGGCAUACGCAGUGGUGGCAGCGGUGGAGGCAGCCUACAGGAUCGCGAGCAACUGGGCGCAGCCCCCCGUGCUGUCGGUGGAGCAUCUGCGCCUCGCCCUCUCCUCCAACUGCGACGGUGGCUCGCCCACCAAGGCGCUGCAGUUCCUCCUCAACGCCACCGCGCACGGCAAGGGGCUGCUGGAGGAGGCUGCGUACUCUCAAGGCCUCCCCCUCAAGGGCAGAUCACUGGCGAGCACACCCACGUACUAUGGCAUCCGCGGCAUCGAGCGCACGGGGUUCUACGGGUGGUUUGGGCUCAUGCUGGCAGUGCAGCGCCAGCCUGUCAUUGUGCACAUCGAGGCGUCCGCACCCUCCUUCCAAGACUACGAUGGGAGCGACAAAUACGCUGAUGAGGAGUGUUUCACAGAGCAUCUCAACCAUGCGGUGUUGGUAGUGGGCUAUCUGGUAUCUGGAGUCGACCCUGCUAAGCCCGACCUGCCGCCGCCCUUCUGGGUCAUCCGCAACUCAUGGGGCACAGGGUGGGGCGACCAGGGCCACAUGCGCAUGGACAUUCGCAGUGGCGACGGCAUCUGCGGCAUCAACACUCUCCCGGGCCUCUUCCCUGUCGUCAGAAGCAAUGCGGAUCAGUGUGGGUCGCGGUCAUUCAAGGACUCGGUUAUGGGCGCCGCAUUCAACCCAUGUGGGCAGUACCCGUGCAGCAAGAAGGGCACCAGCAAUCGCUGCAUGUGCUCUGAUGCGCACUUCACUCAAGUCAAGAACACCGAUGGGUCGUACACCUGUGCCUAUGUGGAUGUGUGUGGGUCCAGCAGUCACAACCCGUGUGUGGUGGGCACGUGUGUGAACGAUGGCAAGGGCAGCUACUCCUGUGUGUGUCCAUGGGGCUUCAUUCAAGGCACCAUGGUCGGUGGAGGCUUCUCAUGCACUCCUGGUCAGGCGCAGGGCAAGUACAAAGUGUUAGCGGACAACAUCAUGUGCUCGCACAUCACAGCUGUCUUCAGCCUCUCACUCACAAGAUUCCUGCUGCUCAACAAGGGAGUUUCAUGUGGCAAGCCCCUACGCAUCAACACCGAGGUCUAUGUGAUCCCCAGCGUCCGUGACUGCAGUGUCUUCUACAGCACCAACGCAGGCGACUCGUGCAUGGGGGUGGCGCGGCAGGUGGAGCUGUGUGGGGCGGCGGCGGCGGAUGCGGAGUGUGAGGCGGCAUUUCAGGCGCUCAACCCCGCUGUGGACUGCUCCUCCCUGAGGCCCUCCCAGGCUGUGUGCAUGGAGAGGGACCCCGCCAAGGCAAACCGCAUAGCAGUGUGUGAGGAGUACCACCGGCCGUGGGCAAACGACACGUGUGACAGCAUCAGGAACACGGCCGUACCUCCGCUCAACCCCAUGGAGCUGUACCGGCUCAACCCCGGCAUCAAGUGCAACCAGCCCAUUCCAGCAAAGAACUUUGAGUUCCAGCGGCCCCUUGAGCGGGAGAUACUGGUAGGCGUGUAUUCAUGGCAUGGCAUGUACAGACACUAUUGCAGAUGUUCGUACUCAUCUCUUUAUUCCAAGUGA